CAUUGAGUGGAAAAGUCUCCAUUGAAUCCUAUGCAAGGCUGGGAACUUCUAGAAGCGAAGUUAGAGGACCCCCUGUCAUAGCAAGUAGCGGGCUUGGCAAUAGCUCCACUUUACGACGUCAAGCCUUCAACCGAGCAUUCGAGUGAGACGAGCUUCAUCGUUGAACCAGUCUUCAACAGAUUUGCGCCAACUCGAGUCGUCCUUUCAAUUGGCACAACACAGGAGAUGUUUGUUGUGAUACGUUGAGCCACCUCGUCCCACAGCCAUUCAGCUCGUACAUCUGUUCUCGGUUUCCGUGCAUUGCCGUUCGUUGUUGCCUGUUCCAAUGUCAAUGUGCUGCGAUUGCCCCUCAAGCUUGAAGCUAUCCAUAUAACUUUGCGAAGCACCUGCUGGGAUACCCUAAGCCACCUUCAUCCACGAGGAGAGCUCGCCGACAAUGGCUUUCCUAAUCCUUGUAAUUGGGGACCUCCACAUACCCGAUCGUGCUCUCGACAUCCCACCGAAGUUCAAGAAAUUACUAUCCCCAGGCAAGAUAGGCCAGACACUAUGCCUCGGAAAUCUGACCGAUAAGCACACCUACGAAUACCUGCGCUCGAUAGCGCCCGACCUGAAGAUCGUCAAGGGGCGCAUGGAUGUGGAGGCGACUUCGCUGCCGCUCUCGCAAGUCGUGACCCACGGCUCGCUGCGCAUCGGCUUCAUCGAGGGAUUCACGCUGGUAUCGACGGAACCCGAUCUGCUGCUGGCCGAGGCGAACAAGCUUGAUGUUGAUGUGCUAUGCUGGGGAGGCACGCACCGCUUCGACGCCUUCGAAUAUAUGGACAAGUUCUUUGUGAACCCAGGGAGUGCGACGGGUGCGUAUACAACGGGCUGGAAUAAGGAGGGGGAGGAUAUGGUGCCGAGCUUUUGUCUCAUGGAUGUACAAGGCAUUUCCCUCACACUUUACGUCUAUCAGUUGCGGAAAGAUGCCAAUGGGGCAGAGAAUGUGGCUGUUGAGAAGGUCACAUAUACGAAGCCAGUAGAGUCGACAGGGAAUAUAUGAUGAAGAACGAGAAUGGAGAUGAUUGAGUAACGCAGUGCCCCUACUUAGCUAGAGGCAAGAUAGCCGGAUAGAGUUACUAGGAAACGAUUGUGAGGUUGGGCCAACAAAGCUGCCUGAGGCACCAGUCAGGCAUUGAACCAGUGAAAAUAUCGGACCGAGUCGUGGCCUCAUAAGCUGUAAUGAGUGGCCAAUUUUUCAAUGAUUGCCAACCCCUAAUAUAUCCUUUGUUACAUGGUAUAGGGGGCGGCUGUCCUUCGCGGACCGACAAUAUCGGGCAGGAAAGAUGGAUGAAGAACACUGUCCCGCAUUCCUGACCUGCCUGCUUGUUUUUCUUCUUGUUUUCUCGCUUCGUUUGUCUGAUUUUAGUUUAGUUCUCAAUUGUUUUUUUACUAUCAAUGAAUUGUAACUUAUACUAAGAAUCACCAGGAGGCGCCGGAGGGAGA